UUUGAUUAACAAGAUCAAACCUGGCAUUGUUAGGAAGAUAAAUCGUCUGUCAACUCCAAUAGCUGGCUUGGAUAAUAUAAAUGUUUUUCUGAAAGCUUGUGAAAAUAUUGGAUUGAAAGAGGCUCAACUUUUUCAUCCAGGAGACCUUCAGGAUUUGUCCAAUCGAGUUACAGUCAAACCAGAGGAGACCAACAGAAGAGUGAAAAACGUUUUGAUUACACUAUAUUGGCUGGGGAGAAAAGCACAAAGUAACCCUCACUAUAAUGGUCCAUAUCUCAAUCUUAAAGCAUUUGAGAAGUUAUUAGGGCAAGCAUUGACUAAGGCACUUGAAGAGUCCAGCCACCUAAACAGAAGUGGUAGGGAUAGUGGGUACGGUGAUAUUUGGUACGUGGAUCGAGGAGAACCUUUUCCAUCUUCAGCAAGCCACAAAAGAGACGAUUCUUUUGAUAGCUUGGACUCUCUUGGCUCAAGAUCCUCCACAAGCUUUUCAUCAGACAUAACCUUGAAAGGUGGCAGCGAAGGUUGUGAUAGUGACACAGACUCAGAACUGCCUUUCAAGAUGCGCGACUCCCAUAAAGAUGACAGGUCCUAUCGAAGGAUUUCUGUAAUCGAACCAAAACCUGCUACUGACUUCAAUCGCUUCUUACCCACUAAAAACAAGCAGCCAACAUAUAUGCCAGCACCCCUAAGGAAGAAAAGAACAGAGAAGAAUGAGGACAAUAGGAGGAGUUGGGCAAGCCCUGUCUACACAGAGUCAGAUGGGACAUUUUCAAGUAACCAGAGGAGACAGAGGCAGUUGGAUACUAAAGUGGAAAACAAACCAGGAGUUAACAUUUCUCCAGAAUUAUCUGGGUAUUUCGAUGAGGAUGAGGAAGAAGAAAUAGUCAUCCCAAACAUUGAAAAAGAUGAUCUCUAUUUUCGCAAGCUAAGUUCUUCAGCAUCAAAUACAGUGGUUCCUUUUGACAAAUUUCUUCCUAAGUAUUGGACUCCAGAAGAAUUGUUAUGGAAAAAAAUCAGGAAAUCCUCUUUCAAACCCUGGUAUAAAGAGAUUCAAGGGUUCAGUAGAAAGAAAUCAGAUUCUGAGGAUAUCAAUUUUGCUUACAAACAAAGCUCUGCCAUUGUUGCUAACCAGCCGAGACCAAGUUUCGAAUGGAAUAGCAGUAGCAGAAGGGAUCAAAACUAUAAGCCAACUGCUGAAUAUAUGGGAAGCUCAUUGUCACAGAUUACAGAAGGAAAAAUCUUGGAGGCUUCUGACCAGCCCAGUCAGUUUUUGUUACUUCAGGCCCUGCAAAAAUACUCUGACUACUUGUCUUCUGAAACGAAGACCAAAAUUGAUCCUACUUCUGGCCCUAGGCUUAUAAAAUGUAGAAAGAAUAUUUCCUUUAUACCAGGAUGUGAUGAUGAAGGAGAUGCUGAAAAUGGAUAUCCAUACCCAGAUCUAGAAAACGAUGACUUGUUUGUUCGCAAAACUGGGGCUUUCCAUAUGAAUCAUGUUGUUCUCCAGGACCCCCAGUAUUUCAGAAAAUUCUCUGAGCAAGAGUCUCCUCUAGAGGGUGAAAUAAUUCUGCAACCUCGGGAAGGCCAACCUGUGAUUCCAGAUUUGGAAAAAGAUGACAUGAUAUUUCGUAAAAUCCUUUCUCAGAAAAAAGAAGUGCCUUUAUCAGGUGCUCCUGACAAGUACCAUCCUGCACUCUUUCCUGAUCCUUGGAGUCUUCCAGAAGAAAUCCGGUCCAAAUUUCUGUGUUUACUUGAAAAAAAUUCAAUGCCUGAGGAAAGAAAAAGGAGUGGUAGAGUGUUGUCGCCAUCUUCCCGCCAUAAGAGGGACGAUAUGUUGGCACGCAAGAUUGAGUCCUGGAAAGUGGGAAGCAACAUGCAGCCAGUAAAUUUUAUCCCAGGUCCGUGCAGUGAAGAAGACUGGAAGAAGUGGGAAGCGAUCAGAGAGGCCAGCAAAGUUAGACAUAAGAAACGUCAGAUGGUGGAGAGACUGUUUCAAAAGCUUUCUGAUGAGCAAGGGAGUAAAUCUUUGAAUGAUGUCAGUGCAGAGGAGCAGCAGUCAUUGCGCAAAAUUCGUUAUGAAGAACUACAAAAGAUAAAAGAACAGCUGCAAGAGCAAGACCUAAAGUGGCAAGAAGAUCUAGCAAAAUGGAAGAAUCGCAGAAAGAGCUUCACUUCAGAGUUGCAAAAAAAGGAAGAAAGAGAAGAAAUAGAAAGGAGAGCCUCUGAAGUUUCUGAUAGGAGUAGCAAGCCACUGAAAGAAAUGCAGCAGGAAAGGGAACAAAAAUAUGAUGGCAGAUGGGUGUAUUCACUGACUGAUGAUGUGUUUACUGAAGAAAAAGCACCUGCCACACGAUCAACAGUGAAAGAUUACCUGUUUGAGGAAGAAACCUCCUACAGCACUAAGGACAGCAAAAGCCAGUAUGCUGCUCAGAGAAGCGAGGAGAAUCUACCAAAGCCAGAGAGCUCUGCCAUGCGUGAGGUUCCUACUGUCUCAAAGAGCCUGGCGGAAGAGCAGAGCUCAGCUCUUUUGUCUACCUGCUACUCGGUGAAUGCUCAAACUGGGUCAGCUCAGGUUUCAGCUUCUCUCCCUAGAAGUUACCAGAAAACUGAUACCUCGAGGUUAACAUCUGUGGUUACACCAAGACCUUUUGGUGUCCACUCCAGAGGAAUCUCCUCACUUCCACGGUCGCUCACGAUGGACGAUGCUCAGAAAUACAAUGGAGAAGUGGAAAAAGCUAAAGCAACUCAAACCUUAACCAGCAGCAUGUUUUCACUACCAGAUUCUACAUACUCUCUCUCCACCAGUGUACUCAGAAGGAGAGGUGAGGAGGAAGAAGAGGAAAAAGAAGGUGUUAAGUCUGUACCUACUCCUAGUUUGACAUUACCUGUAAAGUCACAAGACCGAGAUGCUGGAAAUAGUAUUCUUAAACCAGAAUAUCGUUCUCCUCCUGAUUCUGUUUCACUUGCAUCUUCUGCAGAAAAUGCGAGUCUAUCAGAACAUGACGAUUCAAAAUCUCUGGAACUGUACAGUGAAUUGAGAAUCAGUAUGAACCAGAGACCUGGCUACAGUCACAACUUUGGGUUUACAACAAAUUGGACUUCUUCAGGGGCCUUAGUACAGACAGUUGAAGAAGAUAGCCCUGCAGCACUUUGUCAGCUGCAGGUAGAUGAUGAGAUCAUUGCUAUCAACGGCACAAAGGUUUCACAAAUGAACAGCAGUCAGUGGGAAGAAGCGAUCACUAGAGCACUAGAAACUGGAAACCUGGUCAUGGAUGUUAGACGAUAUGGAAAGAAUGACUGGGGCAAAGACCAGCCUUCCCUGCCACAUGUAAGGCAUAAAAUCCUCAAUCUCACCAGUAUGGGUACCAACAUUAUAGGUACAUCUGAUAAUAAGUGGAUUGAUGCAACUUCUGGAGAACGCGUAUCAAGUGUCUCAACUAUAUCAACAAAAAGAGAAUUCUCCAGCAGUCUUCAAAGUUCUGGUACAGGAACAAAAUUGAUAAAUGGCAUGCAAGGAGAUCUUGGAUCUAAUGAACAAAGAGCAUCUGAACCUAUUUCUUUGAAAAACUUAAAAAGGCGGUCACAAUUUUUUGAACAAGGAGGCCCAGAGCCUGCAAUGCCUGAUCUCCCAGUUCCAUCCAUUAGUGCUCCAAGUCGUCGGGUUUGGGAUCAAGAAGAAGAACGAAAACGUCAGGAGAAAUGGCAAAAGGAGCAGGAUCGUUUAUUGCAGGAGAAAUACAAACGGGAACAAGAAAAACUGAGGGAAGAAUGGCUACGAGCUAAGCAAGAAGCAGAAAAAGAAAAUUCCAAAUAUUUAGACGAGGAACAAACUGUUAUAACCUCAAACAUGAUCACAGUCUCUGCACGAGCUCCAUCUGCCUCCAGCUGGAGGGCAAGCCCUGAAGUGAGUACUCCUGAGGAGCCAGAAGGAGAUGGAGGAAGUGAGCUGGCAGCACACUUGCUGGCCAAGGAAGAAGAAAGGAGGCUUCAGGAGGAAGAAGCAGCAGCUCUGCGUGCUGAGCGAGAAAGGGAACACCAGGAACUAGAGCUUGAGAGACAACGCAAAGAGAGGGAACAGCAGUAUGAGCAGAGACAGUGGGCGGAGAUGGAAGAGCAGAGGCGGCAGGCGGAGAUGGAGGAACAGAGGCAGCAAGCAGAAAGGCAGAGGGAAAUGUCAGUGGAGACAUCUCAGUACCAAAGACAUUAUGAGCGCUAUGAAGUAUCUAAAACAACAGAGAACCAACCUGGCCAACAUCUCAUUGACAGGCGUUAUGAACGCUAUGAAUCUUCCAAAACCAUAGAGGAGCGACCUGGUCAGUCAUUUUCUGACAGGAAUAAAUCCAAGUCAAUUUCAGAGCUGAAUGACUUCAAUGCAAACAGAAAUAGUACUCAGAGCAAGCAUUCAGAGAGGUCUUGGAACACGAAUGAGUCACAGAAGGGGUCUCAGAAGGAGCACAACCUGUCUGCAGCAGAGUUAGAGAGGCAACAAAUCCUUCAGGAAAUGAGGAAGAAAACAUCUCUACACACAGACAGCAGCUGGAUUAGGCAACGCAGUUCCAGUGUGCAUAAGGAGCCAAUCAGUCUAUACAGCAGUAGUAUGAGGAGAGGGGAGUCUUUGGACAAUCUUGAUUCUUCAAGAACAAGCUCAUGGAGGCACCACUCGAGGUUGAACCAGUCCUCCUCCACUUCAUCCCUGUCCUCUAAUCAGGAUCACAGCCGCCCAGUGUCCACUUCAAACCGGGCCUACAUGUGCACUCCUUCCUCUGCCAAAGCACCUUCUGUGACCACCUCUGUGAGAGCCCCACCUGCAUCCCAGGCAGCCCCCCGGGUGCAAUCUCCUGUUUCUGCUUCCCAGCCAGGGUCGCAGAUGCGCAGCAGGUCAGUCAGUGGGAAGAAAAUCUGUUCAUACUGUAAUAACGUUCUGGGCAAAGGAGCAGCCAUGAUCAUUGAGUCUCUUGGUCUUUGUUAUCAUUUACAUUGUUUUAAGUGCGUUGCCUGUGAAUGUGACCUUGGGGGAUCCCGCUCUGGAGCUGAAGUCAGGAUCCGAAACAACAAACUCUUCUGCAACGACUGCUAUCUCAGAUUUAAAACUGGACAACCAACCUCCAUGUGAAGCAAACCUAGAUAUAAAACCACUGUUGCAGACAGAAGAAGAGGUGAUUGCUGCUGAUGUAGAUCUAUAAAUAUAUAUAUUGUGUGUGUGUGUUUUCUAAAAGUAACUCUUUUGCUUGCCUAGUCUUCAUAGCAAUGCAUUAUAUUCUUCAUAUAACUGUAUUUUUAUUUAUGAUAAAGUAAUUGCAGUAAGGAAGUAUCUGAGGAAAAUGCUUUCACUUUUUCAGCUUUAAGUACUGAAAGCACAAGGGAGAAUAAGUAUAUUUUCAGUAAUAACUUCAAAAUAUUUUUGAGGCUUAUAAUCAACUAGCUGACUUUCCAAUGGUAUAUGAAGAGGGUAUUUUGUUUCUAAGCUCUUGAAAUGAGCAUUAGAGAAAUACUUAAUAUAAAUAUAUAUUUGCAAUUGCUGUCUUUAUUUUUGACAUAUACUGAAAGUGAAUUCUCUAGGUUAAUAUGAAGCUGCGUUUAAAUGCACACAAAUGUGUUUGCUUUCCAUACGCUGGUUUCUAAAAUUGUGCUUUUUUGAAACAAAUACAAAGAAUUACCUGUUUGCUCAGUGGUGAAGGCAUAAUAUUCCAUGAAAUCCACUUAAGGGGAAAGAAUUCUCUUUUUCCUUUUGAAAAAUGUAACUAUCACUUUUUCCCUCCUCAAACUAGGUGAAGAAUGGUUGUUGAAUUACAGUAUAUUUGUAAAUAAAAUUUCUGAUGUUGCAUUUA